GUUAUUGUGCCCAGCAUGGCCCACCUCCUGGGUAGCCAGUUCUGCCUGGACAGUCUGCACAAUGAUGUGCUGGACGUGCAGGCUGCCGUCAUGGAGGUCUUCUCACGGGUCGGGCCGGUCAGAUAUCCCUCCUGGAAGUUCCCAGAUAAGAUCUCGUGUGACAUCAACAUAGAGGAGCUGCUGGAGAGGUUCCAGUACAGCGAAGACCAGGAGGACCAGGAGGACAACCAGGUCGCACAUAUCAUGCUGUUUGAACUGGUUAUCGACAGACUGAUGCUCCUGAUGCAGAGUUGUUCGAGGUUUGCUGACGUGAUGCUGAACGCCGGCCAGAGUCGGCCGCAGACGGCGGCGGGCCUGAGCUCCUCCCUGUCCCUGGGGCUCGUCAUCAAGAAGUACUGGAACAAGAUGGUUCAGCUCUGCACCAUGCUGCAGCAGCUACAGUCAGAGAACAAAACCAAGGACAGAAAAAUAGCCAAGUAUGAAGCAGCGCUGUCCAAACAGCAGAGACAGAAUGCUGUCAAGGACUUGUCAGCUUCCACCGUCUUCUCUACUUCUGAACUCAGCUUGUCCGACCUGAGUCUUCACGACACAACAGGGACAAGUAAAGGAGGCUUGUCUUCAACCUCUCCUCCCUUGGACUUUGCCCGAGAUGUUGGUACAAAGGCGUGUCAGACACUUGAGACGGCGUUUGUGCCUUGUGAGGCCUGUUUUAGAGUACAACAGAACCUCGUAGAUGUUGGCAACAACGUCAUCAACGUUUGUCAAACACAGGGGCUCCCGUCGUCGCUGAAGACUUAUAAGGCUCAGCAGCACCUGGAGACAGAAAUGUCAGCUGCAGACGUCUCCAGGUGGACAGCUGAACAGAACAAAGACAUGCAGAGGAUCAACAAGCACCUGGAGAACUUAAUGUCCCAGAUUAACCCGCUGAAAGAAGAGGUAGCAGCAGCAGAAAGGGAGAAGGCAAAGCUGCAGAAGAGAAUAGACGGAUUCGACGGGGAGUUGAGAAGAGAGCAGGAGGUACAACGAGCGGAACUCAGACAGAAGGAGGAGAGGAUGAAGAGAGUGGAGGAGGCGAGUACAGAAUCGUUAGCAAGGAUGGAGAACAUCAACAAGGAACUGAGUGCAGGAAAGAAGGAGUUAGAAGAGAGAGUAGACAGGAUGAGAGUUGAGUUGGAUGGACAGGAACAUACCAUCAAGGAACUGGAGGUGAUGAAAUCAACCCUCCUGCUGGAACUGAAGGAUGGACUGGCCAACAAGUCGGAGGUGGAGCAGGUGCAGGACCAGCUGCAGCAGGUGCAGGAACAGCUGCAACAGGUGCAGACUAAACUCUCAGACACAGAAAAGGAGUACAACAAGGAGCAAGCCAAGAACAGGAGCCUAGCAAAGCAUGACCAGUCGAUGCAGGCAAAACAUGACAGCCUGAUACAGCGUCUGGAUGAGCUUGACCAGGAGUGCGAGGAGCUUCGGACAGCGGUCAGCGAGCAGGACGAGGGUCAGGAGGGGUUACGGGAGGAACUGGACAAGGCUCAGGCCGAUAGGACACGGGCACAGGAGCAACUACAGGCACAGAAGGAGCUGAUGGAAUCCCUGAACAAGGAGAAGUCGUCCCUGCAGGACCUGCUACAGACACUAGAGGGCAGCGUUGACCAGAUGAAGCAGCAGCUACAGGAGGCGCAGGAGAGGGAGAAACUUCUGGUGCAGUACCCAGACCUGCAUGGCCCUCCCAGCUCACACGUCACGGAAAGCACAGGUGACAUCCUGACAGACAUGGAACGUCAGCUGACAGCCAACAACAUCCGUAUCCAGGUGUUACAGGACCAGAACCAGAGUCUGCGCAACUCCAUCGCUAAACUCAAACAGGCCCAGCCAGCUACAGGACACAGCACACGGUUAACAGAACCUGUGACUUUAUGGAAGUCCCAGAGUCUGAACGGCCUGGAGCAGACACCACGGCGAGGCAGUGCCAGUCCGCAGACACCACCGAGGGCUGCAGAAUGGGACACACCUGCACCGGCACCGCUCAGAACCUCCCUCUCCAACCCUGACCUCUCCGACUCUGACAAGAGACCGCUGUCGGCUUACAGGACGCGGCGCUACAGCCCCGCUCUGGACGACACCAUCUCCACCCUGGGGCUGCCCCCCAGACCCCCGGGAAAGACGUCGAGUGGCUCAAACAGGAGGGUGGGGAGUGCUGGCAGUACAGGGGGUGGGGGGAAUGUGGCCGCACACAGCACUGCUGUCAGUGCAAUCGAUGUGUACAAGAAGAUGAAACAGGCAGGAGUUUUUGCCCCACAGAAGAACAUGGACCUGGACAUGAGGGAGAGUUUCACCAUCGGGAGGGGGGCACCAGUCAAAGGUCAGGCCAAGGGCAGAAGACCUGGAAGUGGAGGGAAAGGUCGCAAGUCAGAGACCAACAAGAGACCAGUGUCCAGAGAAUCUCCCCAUGACUACCACCGUAUGGACACGUUUGUGUGUGAGGGCUGCGACAAGAUGUACACCUCAGCUAAAGAACUGGAAAUUCACAAGUCUUACUGCUACGGAGGGAUCUAACAGGAAAUGUCCUACAUUCCAAGACGUCUAGAUUCCUAAUUAGCCUCUGAUACCCCUAUGUUCUGAUGCCCCUGUAUAUGUAUGUCUCAGAACCCCUAUGUUCUGAGUUGUCAGAACGUGGGUUUAGAGUUGUCAGAAUAUAGGGGCAUUGGAGCAUACAGAAGGGUAUAGCUUAUGAUGUACAUGUAACACCCUAACAAAGACGACAUUUCCUUCUUGUGCAGAUUACAUGAAUUGAGAUUCAUGUGAGUUAGACCACUAUGUGUCGGUUCUCCAAGCAGAUGCAGUGUUGUAUUGAAUGUUUUUGAUGGUCAAUACCUACAGUUACUGUAGUUUUCUUCCAUCAGAGGUGUUGCUUUGCAUUGUUUGAAGAAUUCUAGUUGUGCACCACUGCCAAAACUGACAUGUUCAUUCUAGUUAAUAAUAUGUGAAACUACAUGCAUGUGAAUUUAGCCUUUGAGAGAAAACACAGAUGUUAACCAUAUUUGACACCAGGAAUUCAACUCCAGCUUACCCAUACAAAGAGCUGCAGAAUGUACACUGGGGUUAUAUUUGUACUGGUGUGUAGAAAAGCUGUGACUACAUCAUGCACAACACACGGUGUGUAGAAUGGAAGCUGUCAAUGUUGCAAUUUAACGUUUCCACACAAUUACAAUGACAAACAUAUCUUCAUGUAUACUGUAAUGAAU